AUGAACAAGAUUGAUAAAUCUCAACUUAUAGUUCUCUCUUUCCUAGCUUUUCUACUUGUGAUCACACCCUUUCUACCUUCCUCUCUAAGGCCUAGUUAUCUUUACUUAAUCUUCAACAUCCUUAUCAUUGCACUUGCUGCUCAAGCCGGAUUCCUCUCAGCGUUCUCCGACCAUUCAGAAGACAAAAAACAUCAUGUUUCCGUGUCUUCUAAGCAGAAACAUACAAUGCAAGAACCAAAAGAGAAGGAAGCUACAACUACAAACAUAAACAGUGCAAACUCUAUCUCAGAAGAACAAAAAGUUAAGAAGCCUAAGGUUGUUCAAAAAUCUUCGUCUAAGAAGAAGGUUGUUUGUGUUGGUGAAAGUAAAGUUGAUAAGGUGAAAAAAUGUCCAUCUAAGCCAAGUCUUUUUUAUAUAGAAGAUGGAGAAGAGGAUUCAGAAGUGAAAAAUAAUGAAGAGGUUGAAGUAGAAGAUGAGAUUUGUGGUGUUAAUGGACAAGAACUUUUUGCAAAAGCUGAGGCUUUUAUUGGAAAUUUCUAUAAGCAAUUGAAGAUGCAGAGAGAAGAGUCUUGUGUUUCUUAG